AUGGGUUUUGAGAUCUGCUACCGUAAUGUGGGCGACGAGGACAUCUAUGAGGGAGAGUCGUUGCCGCUGCACCCGACGGAACGGGUGCCGCUACCCUUCGUGCUGUGCGCCAGUCUGGGUCACGACCUCACCAAACGCACCCUUCUUAUCUAUGGCCACGUCGACGUAAAGGCCGUGACACCGCAGGAAGCCUGGGUCACGAACCCCUUCAAGCUCACCAUUGUUGAAGGGCGCAUGUAUGGACGGGGCGUGGCUGACGACAAGGGACCCUUGCUGGGCUGGAUCAAUGCCAUUGAGGCCUAUAUGGCAAGCCGCAUCUUCAAUUACUCGAAACUUCAGUAUCAAUGCAACAUGGAGGUUCCGGUGAAUGUGCGAUUUCUAAUUGAAGGUGGGGAAGAAACAGGCUCGGAGGGUCUUCCCGAGUUACUACAGGAGAUGAAAAAGGAUUUUCUGAAGGAUAUCGACUGUGUAGCGAUUUCAGACAGCCACUGGCUGAACAUAGACACACCCUGCUUAACCUACGGUCUUUGCGGUGUCAUUUAUUUCUACGUCUACGUCGAAGGCUCAAAACGUAAUCUCCACUCCGGUUGCCACGGUGGCGCAAUUCAGGAGCCAUUAAUCGACCUGCAAGCUCUGAUGAGCUCUCUCAUCAGUGAAAAUGGAAAAGUUCUCAUUCCAGGCGUCUACGAUUACGUGAGGCGACCAGAGAAAGAAGAACUCGAGCGUUUUGCAAAACUCGACUUCGACCCGGAUACCUACACCAAUCAAAUACAAACUUGGGCACUCUACAGCAGGGAUAAAGUGGAGAUUUUACGAAGAAGAUGGCUGUUGCCGUCAAUUGAAAUUCAUGGAAUCGAAAAGUCAUUCGAUUCAAUGGGUGCCCCUACACUCAUACCCAAAGAAGUAAUGGGAAAAUUUUCACUUCGCCUGGUGCCAGACCAAAACCCACGAUUCUUAGCAAAUAGAGUGAAGUGUUACCUGGAGGAGGUGCACUUACGUCGAUGCAGCGGCAAUAAACUGAGAAUCAAGGCCUUCAGUGACGGCCGGCCCUUCCUCGCCGACCAAUCGUGUUCAAACUAUCGCGCCGCAUACGAGGCAUUGAGGCACGUCUGGAAGAAGGAACCCGAUCUCAUUCGCGAUGGUGCCACCAUUUUUAUGGCCGGGGCUCUCGAGGAGGCCACGAAUCGUGACGUAGUUUUGAUUCCAAUCAGUGAAAACCAGGAUUUUAUUCACGAUGGACCUGAGUGGAUGUCAGUGCGCAACUAUAUCAAUGGUAUCAAGGUAUUCGCCACCUACCUGCACAAAUUGCGCUGCCUUGGUCUAGCGGACCCAAAGGAUGAAGCGAGAAAGCAGGACUUGCGUCUAAAGUGGCGCAAAUAUCUUUGGUAG